AUCUUUUUGCUCCUGCCCUGAUUCAGAUCAAGUUGCUUUCAGGAACCAAAAAAAAUCAAGCUGACUGUGCAAGCAAAAAGUAUGGCAUCAUGGUAGGAAAAGGGCAAACGAUAUUUUGAAGGGGCGAUGAGGAUUUCUCUCGUCUUUUUACUCCUUAAUCAUCGUACUUAUCUACCUUUAUAUGAUGUCAGAAGGCAUAUGUGAUCAAAUGAAAUGGUGGCAGCAAACUCCCCCACUUAUCAUCUGGGUAAAAAGUCACAUGAACAAGGAACUUAUCAUCUGCUGAUUCCACCCAGUAAUGUCCAACUGUGUAAUUAAGAGGAUUAGGUUUAGAUUUGGUACUUGAGUAAGCUUUAAGUUAGAGUAGUGCUUGAUAAUCAUGAUUAGGUAGGCAAAGUUGCUACAAUUAUAGCUUACUUUUUUCCCUUAAUUUUUUUUGUAUCUUAGCAUAAUAUCUCCUAGCGUCUUGACCCCUCCACAGACUUCAAUCGUUUAAUAUAAGUUAAACCCUUCCGACACCAAGUUAUAUACCCUCUCUACACGCCUGGUCAAGAUCAUGAGCAGCAAGCAUGAAUUAUUGUAGUAGCCAGUAGCCAAUGAUAAAGAAACAAGAGUCAGGGAGAAAUUUUCUGAGCACAUGUAGAAGACAGGACCAUUUCUGAUUAAGAAGCUGGGAAUCUUGCAGUAAAAACGGUCCCCUUGAUUCGGAUAACAGCCACUGAUCAUCUCCAACGCUUCACUUUGUUGCUUUUUCUUCUUAUCUUAGACACAAAGAAGAUGCUCUUCGUGUGUCUUUUUCUAGUUGGAAUCUUUACAACAUUGCUGCAAGGAACUCUCAAAAUGAACCACCCGCAGACAUCCUUUCUUUCUUAGUUCAAGAAAUCAACCCAAGCUUUCAGAAGUCAUCUUUCUUUUCUUUUUCCUGUGAGUCAUUUCCUCUCCUUCAAGUACCAAAACUGAUCAAAGAUUUCAAGCUGUUAGUGGCUGAAAAAGAGAAGGGAAUUCUUCCUAUUAAUUGAUGGUCAAUAUGCAUCGCCGCAUGCUUGAUACGGUACCGCUUGAUGUGGCACCGGCUAAUGGGAACAGAACGCAUGAUUCGUACAUUAACGAGACGAAUUUCGACACCAACAUGGUGAUUAUAUUAGCAGCUUUGCUAUGUGCACUAAUCGGUGCGCUAGGAUUGAAUUCAAUUGUGCGUUGCCUUUUGCGCUGCAGUAGCAGGUUUGCCUUGGAGACCACAGAAGAAGCCGCAGCGCGUUUAGCUGCCACAGGACUCAAGAAGCGUGAUUUACGCCAGAUCCCUGUGGCGAUCUAUGGAGCAGGAGGGAGUAUCUCAGCCACAGAAUGUCCAAUUUGCUUAGGGGAGUUCGUCGAUGGAGAGAAAGUUCGGGUGCUUCCGAAAUGCAACCAUGGAUUCCAUGUCAGGUGCAUAGACACGUGGCUUUUGUCACACUCGUCGUGCCCGAAUUGUCGGCAUUCAUUGCUUGAACAUACCACAGAUUCCGGUGCAGCUCAGGAGGUAACCGGAGCAGCACGGCCAGGCGAAAAUGAUCCCGGCCGACAAGGUAAUGUUAGUACAGUAGUUUAAGGGCCUGGUUGAAUAUUGUAGCCAGAGGAUGGCCAGAACAUGGUGGUUGACAUUAAAUCAGCUUGUAUCAGUAGUUGAGAAUUAAUGCUCGACUUGAGUGUACAAUCUGAGGCCAUAUUGCAAGUGCUAAAGAAUUUUGCUAAUUACUUUUUA